UAAGAAAUCAAUGCUGCGAGCGGCAGACGAGCUAUUAACGAACCGAAAGAGAAUCGCCGAGCAGUUACUCGAGAUAGCAGACUUAAAGGAAAAUAAUAAAGCCCUUCGCAGUCAACUCAGCGAAGCCCAAGCCCAGAAUCCAGUUAUGAACCAGAUACCACGAUCGAUCGGUGAUUUUGCUUCCGCAGCUAUUCCAGCGAAAAGAAAGGCCGGAAGUCCUGAGGGCAAUGGUAGACGGCUUGCAGAAUUUAGAAUGGACAAACCGCAGACUCCCGAGAAUAAUGCGGCAAUCCCGCGGCUAUCAGAUCGAGGCCAGGUUUUUAGAAGUCCACAGGCCCCGCAGAGACUUCCGACGGAAGAGCUUGUACACGAUGACCAAAGGCCCCGCGAGCGUUUAUGGCAAGAUCGUUCACAGCAAGAGCAGGAUUCCGACGAAAGAGGAUCUUCAUAUCAGCGGUACAUGCAGGAACGACUGCAACAACACUAUACCGACCAACGGCCUUCAAUUGCGCCGUCACCACGAUCACACCCAUCGCAACGGCCUUCGCAAUUUACCCGAAACGUCAACCGGCCAUUCCAACCGCCUGGAAGGGCUCAAGCGCCACAUAAUAAUCUCAGUCACAAUAACAUCUCCCUACCUGGCUACCCGGCGGAUUUGGAAUUAGACAUAACCCCACCCCGUUCACCCGUCAUGGCUCCCCCAUCGCGAAGCGGAUACAUUGCACCAUCAUCAAGAGCGGGUUCUAACCAACCCAUGCGCCGCAGCCGCAAUUAUGCAGCUUCGGAGGCGGGGUAUUCACAUACAUCGGCGAGAGGAACAUCCAUCCGCCUGUCUAACCCAGGUCGUGGCAGCAUGGCUCCUCCCGCGUCGGUGCAUGGACUCCCCACAACCCCUGGCAGUAUGGGUUUGGGAAGGGGCAAUCAUUUGAACCGUGAUCGUAACAUGCCCCCGCCGGAUACUUUGCAAGGGCAGCUUCGGAUGCAGGAUAUCAAGAUCAUCGCAGAACAGCUUACUCUCCUCCACCCCAGCGGCCCAGGUCCGCAUUGUUCGAUCGGGGGACUUCCUGGGGAGCGUAUAGAGCGGGUUAGUCGGUGGACCGCCGGGAACGUAUCGGAGGGUAGCCCGGGGCCCUUAGUAGGAGUUGCCGGACGUGCGGAAGGGUGUCCGUGAGGUUAUUUGGUGUGGAGUUUGGAUAUAUAUGAGGUUUCGUGUGCGGCGACAGGUGAUACGAAGAACCUUCGCAGCGGCGCAGUCGACUCCCUGUUGAGGGGACUAUGAGAAGUUUUCGGUUUUUUCGAUCCACGAUGGACUUGAAUAUUGCUGUUUAGAUGGUGAUUCCAGGUACGGAAAUGUGGGCCAUUUUUUGUUAUCUUUUCUCGCCAUCACCUUGAAUUUUUACUCACCUCCGGAGGCAGAUACGCGCGCCCGCUAAUUCGUACGACCGAGGUCUUAAUUUUGAUCGCCAUCGGUCCAUCGGGGGUUUGAGAUGAAGAGAUCUGGAUCGGAUUGUUGGAAUUCCCCAUGUUCCUGAAUUUAUUGCGCGAUACUAGCCAUCGUUAUUCCAGUUCAGGCGAAGACGUGCAAGAUGGUGGGCACUGGGUAGCAUUGGCUUAGCGCGCAGGCAUCGCGCAACUCACUAGACGCCUCGGUGUGACGCUACAGUGACAUC